AUGCACAAAUCGAAACGGACUUCUAGUGGAAGUGAUGGCGAAACAAGUACCUCUAAUGGUGAAUGUAUAGCCAAUGGAGACAGCAAAGGCCAUCUUAAAAGGAAAAUUGUUCCUAGAAGCGACGAAGAUGUCGUACGGCUAAUAGUCCAGCAUUUGCAAGGCUUGGGCUUGAAGUGAGUCGCGUUAGAAAUAUGGAAUCGUAGAAGACGCAAUUUCAUUGGCACCUAACUUCGUUGUUGGUUUCCUGUUGCGUGGCGUAUACGAUUGAUGUUUAUUUUAUUUUAUCCCCCAGCAAAUCAGUCGAUGUCCUUAUGCAGGAAUCGGGCUGUAGACUAGAGCACCCAUCAGCGGCUAUGUUCCGUGAGAGUGUAAUGGCCGGUGAUUGGGAAAGGGUUAGUUCAGAUCGCUGUGUUUGGCUUUCAAUUAUGAAUCCUUUCUUCGCUGUAAGCUGUCUUUGUGGACAAUGCUUCGUUCAGAUGUCUUUGUGGGAGGUUCAAUCUUUCUUACCGGAUUUUUUCUCUGUUUGUAAGGCGGACGCAAUCUUGAAAGAGCUCAGGCCCUUAGUUGAGAACAAAGAAGACAUCUCGGUUAGUAUUUAUUAUGCUUGGUUUUGGCUAAGUUAUCCGACAGGUCCAAAGGCCCCAUUCAAUAUCCGUGGCGUUCAUUUGUUUUAAUUCCUGCAGUCAUUACAUGAAAUUUAAUUCAUGUUCUCGAGUUAACCUUGUUCUCCUCGUUUUUCCUGUAUUAGAGGCAGGAUUUGGAGUUAAGAUUUUGAACUGGUGUAAUUUGUUUUGCCUUUAAAUAUUGCAUCUUUUUUUUUAAUGUGUGCGUUAUGUACUCUUUCAAAGAAAAUGAGGUUUUGCCUGUUGGAGCAGAAGUUCUUAGAAUUCCUCGAAGAAGAGAACCGUAUAGAGGCCGUGUAUUGUUUAAGAACAGAACUAACUCCUUUAAAAUGUAACAGAGAGAGGGUUCAUCAGCUUAGUGGGUAAGUGUUUUAUUUCGCUACAAAGCCACGAAAUAAAUUUACAUAUAUGGCUUCCCUCUGGUUUUUUAUGGCUUACCAUGUUAGAUAUCAAGCUAUUUGAAUAAAGUUAUUUGAAUGAAGCAUUUGCCAGCCCCUUGUUUACCUUCAAAUGGUAAUCGGACAGGCAAAAUACAAAGGGCAUAGUUGGUGAUGAUAUUUACAUGAAGACUUCCAGGAUGCCUGAGUUUGUAGUUUUAAAUGUAACUUUAACAUAUGGUUCCUUGUUAAUUUUCUAUUCUUUAUUUAAAUAUUUAAUUUCCUAAUCAGUGGGUUUCUCAAAAGUGACCUGGUGUAGAAAAAAAUUCUUGAAAACUUGUUAUUUCUUCUCAAGUUGCUGUCUUUUGAUUUUGUGGGAAAUAACAUCUCAAUCCAAUAAUUUUGUAAUCUACAGCCAUUCAUCAUCUUUGGAUUGAAAUCACUCAUUUAGUCUUAUAACGACUUAAUCAAAGUACAUCAACUUUCAUUUUGGUCAAAUUAUUGCUGUUUGUGUUAUUUUAGCAUUUAUCUAAUCUCUAACCUUGACAUAUUAGAAAGUCGCUGUGUAGGAUGCAUGAUUGAAUUAGUACAACAAUAAUUCAUAAAGUUUUCUUCUAAUAUUUUUUGGAUGCUCUGACAAUUUUUGUUCUGCGAAAGGAAAUUAUAUUUAUUCUUAUUGAUUUUUGUGGGUGAAAGAGGAAAUUAUGUGGUGUUUUAAUCAGAAAGGCAAGAGUUAUUUGUUCAACUAUUCAGUUGAUGUAAUAGAAAAUUGUAAGAGCUGUUGUUGAAGCAAUACAAGAAAAAAGGCUCUCUGAAUUCCAUUUAACUUGAUCUUGUCAAAUUCUGCUUGGAUUUUCCAAGUAAGCCCAACACUUAAGGAGGGUAAUUUUAUCAUUGGUUUUAUUAGACAUAACUUGAGCCUUUUUCCUUGAUAUUCCUAUCUGGAUUUUCAUAUACUUUUAGAGUUGUACAUGUAAGCAGGUAUAGAUAUAGUGCAGUGGUGAUGUUAUAAUUAAGCUUCAAAAAAAUUUUCAGUUGGAAACAUAUUUUGAUCCAUUUGGAUUAGUUUCCUUUUUGAUCUUAAGAAUAGGAUACUCUUUAAACCACGGCUGUAGUUUGAACUCAUUUGCUCUGAGACUUAUUUUUAACCUCAAGAGUUCUGUGUGAUAUCCUAUACCUAUAAUCUUCUACUAUUAAACAGAACUACUGUCAUUUAGUCAUUGACACCAACUUUGCAUUAUUCAAAGUGAUUUGAGGGAAAUAAGCAUCACUCUCAGAACUGUAAAAACCUUACAUGUACUUUGAAACGCUAUACCUGUUAAGCUUGUGAUCUCUAUAAUUCUAUUGGUUGUGCAUUUGGGACAGUUUGACGACCAUUUAGACUCCCUAAAAGUCCUGAAUUUACAGCUAGAAAUGAUUUCUUUUAGAUUAGUAAUGUAUACAACAAAGGAGGAACUUCAUAAAAAAGCUGAAUGGAAUGGAAAAGGAUACCUCUCAAGACACAAGCUGAUGGAUAGGCUUCAAUGUAAGUUGAUCCUCUAUGAAUUCAAGCUGAACAGCUUUAGCCACAUUUCUUGAAAUUCUUUUGUUGCAAUGGUCAAAAGUAAUAAAUUUUCCUUCAUGGUCAAACUAAUGUAUGUUGUAUCUGGUUGCCGGGCACCUCCAAGAAUUUUUUUCUUUUUUUCAUUUGCAAUGUUGACUUUCAUCGUCAUUUUCAAGGCUCCAAUUUUGUAUCUCUUUGUUUGAUUUUUGUGAUUUUAGAAAUCUUAUUGAAAAAGUAACAUGUGCAUGUGGUUUAUUUUUACACUUGCCCUUUUUGAAUAUUGUAAAUUACAGUAUAACUACAAAAUAUGUCAUAACUGACAGCACCAUGAAGAAAAAUUGCAUGUUUUUGAUGCAUUAUAUACGAUACAAAUUUUUAAAAAUCUUUUGAUUUAUAUCUUGUGAUUCAAAAUUUUUUUUUAUUUAAGAAUUUUCAAACUACUUUUAUCUUUGAUGAUUUAUGAAAAUGAAAAAUGAUACUGGUUUGAAAGAUUCAAAGCAAGGGAACAUUUGGACCAUGUUGUAUAAAUGGUGCAAAAAAUAUGACUUUAUUUAGUAAAAGUGUGGUUUUAAGAAAAAAUUCUGAGCUACAGAGAUUUCCUUGAUGUUUAAAGCAAGGAUCAGUGUUGUCUGAAGCAAUCUCCAUACUGAUAUUGAAUAUCAGUAUGUGAGGCAAAUGUUAAGCUAGGAUAGGAAAGAAGGAUUGAACAGUUGGUGUACAGUACAUGUAGGUGUAGCAUUAAGUGAAAAAAAAAACAAAUUUCUGCUUAAGGAGUUAAAUGUCAGAAAGCCUUUAUGUGUAGCAGGGUUUUCAAUAAUAUUUGCAGGUACAGUUGGUCUACUGCAGCUUAUAAUACUUCUUACUUCUGUCUGCUUUUUUCACACUGUGUUUACUGAUAGUGUUAUGUGUUAUUUUUAUCUUCAGCAUUUUUACCAGCAUCUGUGAUGCUUCCACCACAUAGACUUAGAACAUUAUUAAAUCAAGCAGUUGAACUGCAAAAAGAAAAAUGUCCAUAUCAUAAUACAAAACUUGAACUUGGACUGCAUUCAUUUUCUCUGCUGAGUGAUCAUCUAUGUUCAAGGUAUGGCUCAAAGGUGUAGGUCUCAAAUGAAGUACAUUGUUACUUAAUUACCAUGAAUGCUCUGACAAGUCUUCCUCUUUGAUUAGUUGCCCCUCCCCUCUCUAUUGAGGAGUUCAAAUUAUUAUAAAUGACACCCUUCUACUUCAUGAAAAAACUCUACCCUGAGUGUGGUUAAACAUUGUAGUAAGAAAUAUUCCCAUUGUAUUCACUGAAUCUAAGUCGUAAUUUAGAAGAAUGUUGGCCUUUGUUGAGUUUUAAUAGGCCUUCCCUUUCUGAUAAGCCCCACCUGGUUGAUUUCCCUGUCCAGAUUGUCAAGUUUCUAAUCUACCCCUCUAGAGACUGGCAAGGCACAAACAGCUGAAGUCAUUAAAAUUGAUGCUGUUUGCUUUUGGCACAUCUGCCCUAAUCACAAAUGGAAAAUUGUUUGAUAAGCUGAAUUUUGCACAGAUUUUGACUGAUUCUUACUAAUGAUCUAUUGGAGGACAGAUGCACAGAGGAGCUCAAUAUUAACAACCUUUUGCUUACCAUUAUAUAAAACAAAUAGACUCCAUGUUGCUGUGGAUCUGUACAGUAAUAGUUAAUGAAGACACACUCAACUGUAUACUAAAUAGAUGCAGGGGAACAUGACAUCUAUUUGUUAAUCUGAUGCUUGGUGGGCUACCCUUUUCAGUUUUUCCAUUCCCAAGACAAAACUCAAGAAUUGAAACUUACAUUUUAAGAAUACAAGGAAACUUUUAUUUUAUUUUUCUGGUAUCAUUCUCUCUCCACCAAUGAGAAAGAAAAUGAUGAGCACCUUAAAUAUACUAGCUACAGUUUUGGUGGAAGAGGUCAUUCUUUGCUUUUAGAGUACUGUGUACACUGUUUAUCAUUUUUGCAUAAUUAAAAAUUACAUGUAUUCACCAAAGUGAAGGAUAAGUAUAUACCACACAGAGACUGAUUUAGUAUAGACCACUCAGAAACCAAAAGUAAGUGCAUUCCUAGCAAUAUACUGAAAAAUGGUAAGAAAUUAAACUUUUGACAUGCAAUUUUGUUUCCUUGGCCACCAGGAGGUGAAUAGUAUUUGCUAUUCACCUCCUAACAAGCCAAUCAGUGGGAGCUAAAAAGCACUAUUCCCUUUUGUGGUAUACACCUAUUAAAUAAAUGUUAUUUGAAACUGCUUGAAUGGUAAACUACAUUUUAUAGACAAAGACGCCAAUGGUAUCCUUUACAUUCUACUUGAAACUGUUAAAUUCAAAGCACAUUUACAUGCACAUUGAAUAUAGUGAAAAGAAUUGUUUUCAUGUGUUCUCAUGCAUCUUGAAUCUGGUUCUUAUAAAGUCUCACAAUGUUUUUUGUUUAUUAUAACUUUCUCAGUUUUCAUUGCUUAAUAUCCUUUCCUUCAUAGGAAUGUCCUCCCAUGUGAAACAAAAUACAUAUUAACAGAACACAGUGACGAGGUAAUUUGGCUAUUUUUGUUAGUAAGGUUUCAAGAACCCAAAAUUUUUUAGUGGAAGCAUAGCCUAUGUAUCUGGAGAAAUUGUGCAAUUGUAAAGAAUACAGUAAGAGGAUGGUAACAUUACUUCAUACAUGUAUCUUCUAGCUGGACUUUUACAUGUGUAAAAGACACCCUUGAGUUUCUUUUUCAAUAGAGAAUGACACAUGGGUGCACUAACUCUUUUAGUGUUAAACUAGGUAUCUCACUAAUAGGCAUAGUGAACAAGUGAAAUAUAACCUACAAAGAGAAAUUUCAUAUCUGCAAGCAAGCUUGAAUUAUUUUGUCUAUUAUGUAACUAUUACAGGCCUUUAGUUUACUAAUGAGAAAAUGAACUAUAACUUGGAUCAGGAAUGGUGGAUGCUUUGCCAUUUAUUGAAAGGGGAGUGAUGUGUCAGCAGCUGAUUGGUGACCUCAAGCACAAUAAAAAAAUUAAUGUAAUUUUACAUGCAUGCAGUUAUAGCUUUUCUUGGGGCUAGAAAUUCUUGGAAAACAACAGUUAUUACUAUAAACCAUUUUACAUUAUGAUGAAGAAAUAAAGAGCAUUUGGAAAUAUAAAUUGGUGGAAAGUUGAUUUUCAAAUUUUUAAUAUUAAAACUGUCUUGUCACUACAGGUUUGGUUUCUUAAGUUUUCUCAUGAUGGAACAAAACUUGCUUCUGGAUCAAAAGAUGGCACUGUCAUUAUCUGGGAUGUAUCGGUAAAGAGACAAGCUCUCCUUCUUAGAUUCUUGCCUACUGUUUAUUAUCAGCAAAAUUAUGUUGGUUUGGAACGUGUUGCAAUCAAUGAAAAUUUCUAGUGAUGCCUGUAAUAUGUCUUAUAUGUUUAUAGCUUAAGCUAUGUUCUAAGUUAACUCUGAAAUAUUUAUAAUAUUGAGGGAGAGAAGGAGAAGAAACAAACAAUUAAUUAGCCUUUAAGUUAUGGUUUUUAAAUUUUUUUUUUCAACUUAGUGUUCAAUUUUAAUAUUAGUAUUCAUAUUGUUUUUUAAAUUGUUAGAUGUUAUUACUUACAUAUUAGUCAAUACUCUUUGAUGGUUAUAACAUCAAAUAUCUCUUUUUCUGUUGUUCAGAAUGGCGAACCCACAAAUCUUAGAGCAUUUGAAGGUCCUUCAUUUGGAGUUGGAGAAUUGGCAUGGAGUCCUGAUGAUACUUAUAUCAUUGCUUGUGGUCCAGAUGACUGCUCUGAACUAUGGAUCUGGAAUACAGAGGUAUGCUUUGGUCACCCACUGUUUCAGUUGUGAGGCUUGUGGCACUGGUUCACAGACUAACAAUUAAUUUAUCUUUGUGGGCAAAUGCUUUAUUUGCAAAAAAUUGAUGUGCUUGCUAUUUGACAAGAAUGUGCUAAGGAAAAGGGGUAGGAACUGGCUAGAAUAGUGAAUUUAAGAAGAAGUUGGCCAAAGGCAAAAGUUUAGGUAUUUCUUUUUCUCAAUUUUGCAAUAUUCUGAAAUAAUGGAAGGAAGAUAAUGGGCAGACUUGCAGGAAGAUGAAAAGCAGGGUAUAGGAAGUGAGAACUUCCCAACCACUGUACCUUCCCAUGCUCUCCAUUUCUUCUUCUUUUCAUUUGUAUGAUUGACAGUGUCACCACAAUGGCACCACACCAACUCUUUGACAAGAUCAUUUCAAAGCUUAUUUUGCUUUUCUUAACUUUGUACAGAGAAGUGUUUAAGGAAGGUGAAUCUUUAUGUGAAUGGUACAUGUUAAUUAAGAGACAGGUCGUAUGUGUAUUUUUUGGUUUGGCUUAAGAAAUUUUAAAUUUAGGGUUUUCUCUUCAAAGGUACUGACAAGUAUAUUUACAUAAAAUAAUUUUGAAACGUGUGAUAAGAUUUGUUCGUGAUUUGCUACUGGCUCUGUCAGACAGGAGAACUGAAAUGUCGAAUGACCCAAGCUGCAGAUGAUAGUCUAACUUGCUGUAGCUGGAACCCUGAUGGAAGGAAAUUUUAUGCAGGUGGCAAAAGAGGACAGUUUUAUCAAUGUGUAAGUCGUUUGCCCUUUUGUAUGGCAACUUGCAACUUAGUGUCAAAGCAAUCUCGGUUGAAACUGCUCUAUUUGUUGGAGUUUCAAUGUUGAGCUUUGACUUUCUUCAAGCAGGGGUUGAUAAUUCCCUUGCUUACAGAAAGAUACGACUGCCCAAUGGGCAGAUUUCAGGAUCGUAAGCUCCAGGCCAGAGCCUGGCUGGGCAGGGGUUACUGUGUUUAGUUCACUGGAAAGACAUUCACUCUACUCAAAAUGUUUUUCUUUCCCCUCGGAGAAGUAACUUAAAUGCCAUUCAGGUAAUCUGGAUUGGAUGAGCAUGGAUUGGAUGGAGUCACAAAACAGCUCGUUACUUCCUGCAGUUGAAACUGUGACAGAUUUACUGCUUUAUUGCAAGACUGUCUUGUACUUGUUCAUAGUAGAAGAGCUAUUUCAAACAUACAUUAUCUAAAAUUUUGUCCUCGUCAAAGGGACACAUCUUAAAAAAUGAACAACAGGGACUAAUCCCAAUUUUCAAUGUUAUUUGCUUUAUUGGUGUUUGUAUGGGCAAACAUAUAGGACUUUUAGAUAGGGUAAAAGCAAGAAGAUGAAGAACUUUCCUCCUCUUUCUUCUAGGACCUUGAUGGAAACGUGUUGGAAUCUUGGGAAGGUGUUCGAGUUAUGGGACUGCACUGUCUAAAUGACGGAAAAAUAGUUCUUGCCUCCGAUACACACAACAGAAUUAGAACUUACAAUUUUGAAAAUUUAAACGAGGAUAACUUGUAAGUACUUGUGAAAUUCUGUGGAGGGUGACGAAGUUAUCUCGCGGGGCAAAGUAAAAUGAAAGCAAGAUAAUUUGUUUUUAUCAACUGAGUGGAUCAACUGAUAAUGUAAAUUGGACACCGCAAAGAGUUUCAAAGCUGACGUUUCGAGCGUUAGCGCUUCGUCAGAACGAAUCAUUUUUGAAAGCAAGUGCCAAAAGUAAAGCCUGAGACAGAAUAAGGGCUUCAUUUCUUCUUCAAAGGGAACGAGGUUUCCAAGAAAAUUCUCCUUGCUCACGACGUAGCCCGGGCUUUCAGCACAGUUUGUGAUAUUGCCCAAGCGGUUUCUGAGAGGCUUAUUAACGUUUGACUUUUAUUUGGGGUUGGCAUCUACUUUCUUCAAUCGCUUUAUUUGCCUGUGACCUUUGAGGAUCAAUUUAUCAGUUUUGCCUGUAUCAUACACAGGUUAAAUUUGGUUAUUUUUUGUUUGUAUGUAAUUAAAAAUGUAUGAACAAAGUUAUCAGUACCAAAGGUGAGCACCACUCCACCAAACAGUGAUUAUGAGAGACAGUCGAAGGUGUUUUCACACUUUAACCAUUCAAUUGACAGUCACUGUGUGUUAAUUUCAUCAAAAUGGUAGUUAUCAAAGAUAUUGUGACUAUGCUACUUUUUUUUUUCCUUUGUGUCGAUUUUUUGUUUGUUUGUUUAUAUUCUCAGAGUACAAGAAGACCGUCCAAUUAUGUCAUUUUCUGUAUCUGAUGAUGAUCGACGGGCACUUUUAAACGUAGCUUCACAGGUAUGGAUAUCCGCUGUGUGCCUUCUCCAGGGAAAAAUUUUAUGGUUCGGGUGUUUUGAAAAUUUACCUUCAAUUUUAUGUUGUGUUUCACCAUCCUUGCAGGGACUUCAUUUAUGGGAUAUUAGAGAUCGAGUUCUAGUCAGAAAAUACCAAGGUGUGAGGCAAGCCAGGUUCACUAUAUACUCGUGUUUCGGUGGUGCUAAUCAAGAUUUUCUCGCCAGUGGCAGUGAAGGUGAGGCUGACUGUAAGUGACGGUGAUCAUUUAAUUGCUAGCUAGGAAUCAAUGUCAAAAUUUACAAUAAACAUGCAUUACGAGAGGUAGUUGUAGGUACACUGCAUAAAGGUAACCGGGUAAUUUUCAGUGAGUGUUAGAAGGGAUAUGGAUGGUCUUUGCUGAAUGUCAUUUUGAAAAAUUGUGUGUCUAGAUUAGAAAACCCUUGGCUAUCUGAGGAAUAAAAGUGUGCUAUCGGAUUGCGUGACCCACGAAGCUUGAUUUUACUCUGUAACGUUUCGUCGUCUUCGAUGUAAAUGGCCAGAACAAAUUUGCGAAUAGAAUUUCGUUCCUAUCAAGAAAAUAACACGAUGAUCUCAAACAGCUUAAGAGGUCUACCCAUUACAUUUUGAUUACUUGGUUUUCCUGCGAUUGCAGCUGAUGAGGCAAAGUUUCCAAGAGGUCUUAGUGCUUUUCACUCACUGCUUGAAGUUUAUGUUGGCGUUUAGCAUUCAAAAAUACGACGACCUAUCGUAAACUUAGUCCUGACUCUUACAUAAUCAUUUUAACCUAUGAGACAUUGCCGCAAAUAUCCAGUAACAAAUAUCGUAUGCUUGUCACAGAUCACAAGGUGUACAUUUGGCAUUUCAAACGUGAAAAACCAGUUGCAGUACUUAGUGGACACACGCGAACAGUAAAUUGUGUCAGUUGGAACCCCAGGGAUAUCUAUAUGUUGGCUUCAGCCAGUGACGACGGAACCGUACGGUUAUGGGGGCCCAUCACUAGGAAUUCCAAAUCUGGUAAGUGAAGUAAAAUCUGUAAAAUGCGUCUUUAUGAUUUUUACCUUGACGGUGUGGCUAUAUUUUUCUUUCUUGGUAGUUAUAAAAACACCACUGAAUUAUUGUAAAUACAAAUUUACUAAUCUAGAUAUCUAAACUCUUGGCACCUUGCUAUGUUUUAGCUGCACAUAUCCAGUAUCAUGUCAUUUCUUUACUGUCCCUUUCAUUUUCUAGGCAGUGGAAGCACGGCUGUGUAACACAAUAGGAAACUUUUGUAUAAAUUUUGACGCGGUAUGCCUGCUGUGGUGUUGAAUUUGUAUUAUACUCUCUUAUUACUCUCUCAUCCAAACCAUUGAGCUCAUCGGCAUUUUGUGCUAUCCUUCUGAAGACUUGAGACAGUUGACUUGAUUCCUAGGAAAGCAGUGAUAAGAGUGGACUUCAUUCUUUGCUUGAACUCGUUUUCUCGCUAAAUUGCAAGUAAAUCUUGUUAUUUUAAAAUGUGUGACAGAUUGCAAAUCAUUUUCUUUUAAUCGUGGUCGUAGAACAGACGAAAUCUUCUUUCCUCUUCUUUGGGUGUGCACCAAUGAGAAAUUUAUUAUAAUGACGCUUAAAGACCUCGAGAGGACCUUCAGUUAACAAACGGGGACUACGAUCAAGAUCCUAUUUAUUUUUGUUGUCUUAACUUUAUUUAUGUUUUUCAUUUGACCGAUUCGUCAGUCGCAUGUAACUUCAGGAACUUGAUGCCGGACAUUCUCACAUAUGUUAUGUUGUUGUUAUUGUUGUUGUUUUUCUCUCUCUUUCUCCUUCUUAACUGAAAACUUAUCUCAAAGCUUCAGUAAAGAAAUUAAAUGAAUUCCCCAAGAUCGUCAAACUGUUUCCGUGUGUUGUCCGCGUGAAAUGUCGAUGAGCUUGAGUAUUUUCUUCUAGGGAAAUAUUUUCACUUU